CCCAUCAGCCCCAAGCAACAGGAUUGCCCUGCUGGGAGAAGUGCAAGGAGAGCCCCCCUGAAGCCCCAGCUGCACCCCUGGACUACAAUGUGCUAAGUUUUUGUUUCCCAGAGGGGGAAGGGGGCGCCCCCCCUCGCUGCAACCCCCCCGACCCCCCUUUAUCCUUAAAAAACGACUCUCUGUUUCCUGGAAAUGUCUUCAGCUCAGUGUUACAUUAAGCAAGAGCAAAUUUCCUACUCGCCCCCAGAAAGCCCCGUGCGAAACUGCACCACCUCCCCACCCUCCCAGCUCCAUGCCCCGGGGGCGCGUAGGUACAGGAUGGAGGAGGAAGCGGUCAGGCUGCCGGCCCACCUACGUUUGCCCCCCGCGCAGUGGAGCCGGGAGGACGUUUCCCAGUGGCUGCGCUGGGCCGAGAAUGAGUUCUCCCUCCAUCCCAUUGACAGUAACACCUUCGAGAUGAACGGGAAAGCUUUGCUGCUUCUGACCAAGGAGGAUUUCCGAUACCGCUGCCCGCACUCCGGUGAUGUCCUCUAUGAGGUUCUCCAGCACAUCCUGAAGCAGAGGAAGCCUCGACUGAUCCAUUCCUCCAUUUUUCACACUGGAAACUCUCUUCAUGGCCAACCAGAAGUCUUGAUCUCCCAGAACCACCAUGAUGAUCAUCACUCGCAGAGACCUCCCCGAACUCCCUCCCACUGUACCCCGCUGAAUACCCCCACUAUAGAGCUGCUCCAUCGCUCCCGCUCUCCUCUUUCCAACCAUCAUUCUUCUCCAGAUCCAGAGCCCCGCCCACUACGGUCACCAAUGGAAAACCCUCUCCGCCGCCCGUCCCCUGCCGAUCGCUUGCACCGCCACGCAGGUGAAACCAACCAUCACACACAGGAGUCCUACCCGCUGUCCGUAUCUCCGGCCGAAGCCAACCAUUGCCCCUCGGAGCCCAUUAAUAAACCCAGCAGCCCUCGGCAAGAUACUCCGCGGGUCAUACAGCUAAUGCCAAGUCCCAUCAUGCACCCUCUGCUCCUCAACCCACGGCACAGCAUGGAGUUCAAGCAGCCACGACUCGCGCAGGAAGAAGGGCAACAGCGGGAAGGGAAGCCCAUGAACUUGUCCCACCGCGAGGAUAUGGCCUACAUGAACCACAUGAUGGUAUCCGUGUCGCCCCCUGGAGAUCAUGGCAUGCCUAUGGGCAGGAUAGCGGACUGCCGCCUACUCUGGGAUUACGUGUACCAGCUCCUGUCCGACAGCAGAUACGAGAACUUCAUCCGCUGGGAGGAUAAAGAGUCGAUGGUGUUCCGGAUCAUGGACCCCAAUGGGCUGGCACGCCUGUGGGGGAACCAUAAGAACAGAACAAACAUGACCUAUGAGAAGAUGUCACGGGCUCUGCGCCAUUACUACAAAUUAAACAUUAUCCGCAAGGAACCUGGACAGAGGCUGCUCUUCAGGUUUAUGAAGACCCCAGAGGAGAUCAUGAGUGGGAGAACAGACCGACUGGAGCACCUGGAAUCUCAGGAGCUGGACGAGCAGAUGUACCAAGAGGACGAGUGCUGAGAUUCCUACCCGGCGUCUGGCCAAUGACAUGUGAUAGGUGGAUGGGGUUGGGAUCCUCGGCCUCCCAUGGAGAUCUCUACUUUGUACUGCAACCCCAAGAACAUAGGGCUGGUACCUGGUACAUCAACAAUAAGUCCAGGCUGAGAAACUCUGCAGAAUGAUACAGAACCAAAAUGGAGUCCCAGUACGGAUCCCACCCUCAUUCUCUGACAUCACCGAUGACAUCACUUCCUGCAAUUGCACUAGAGACUUUAGAACUGUGGUCUGUGACAAAAACGUUUUCUGAAGCCACUUCAAGCUUGACGCCACUUCCUGUUCCUGUGGACUGCAACUUCCUACAUCAGUACCUCCUCUAUGGCAUCACGUUCCGCUGGUGACAUCAUCAAACGCAUCACUUUCUUUCGCCCUCAGCAGCAGAAUUUACGGGCGGCGCCUUUGUUCCUGGUCGUGGAGGAAAAUCGACUUUUACUUUUUUCUUUAUAAUGAAAGACCACUGCAGAGAAAUGACAUUGUAUAGAAAGGGGUGUAUUUGAUUGGCUAUCAAGGGAAUUUUAUUUUCUUGGAAUUUCUAUUGUUUACCUUUAGGGGGUCCCGUCUUUUAAGGUGUUUUUUGUUUUUUUUUGGUUGGUUUUUAAAUAGUUGAUUUGAUCUGAAAUGAAAUGAAUUCAUAUUGUUAAAAAAAAAAAAAAA